AUGGAUGACCAAAUUGUUGACUCUGACAAGGUCCACUUUGAGUAUUCCUUGUGUGGAAUUUACACAUUUCCAAAAGGUGAAUCAGAUACCAUGGAAGUGGAGGAAUCUCAAACAAUUAAGAUCAAGGAGGUUAAUAAAGACUUUUUGGAAUUCCUAACGACUUUGCAACAGGGUUCUGACAGUUCCACGACUUUUGCCUGGCAAAGGAAGAUUUAUGUCAAAAAACCAACGAUAGAUGAUGUUAACUUGGACAUGACUGCAACGAGUAAAAAAUUCACCACAGUGCACGUCAGAAUAUUUUCAAAACCAGAUAAUUUGGCCGGAUUGUGCUGUGUAUCGCAAUAUUCCCCUUCAGACAACAAAUCUCCACAUGUGGGAGUUACUAAAAAGGAAAUCAUUUCCAGUAUAUCAAUCAUCAAAAUAUUGGAAUCAUUUGGCUACAAAUUGUUUUGCAGCUACUUCGAAACGGGCCAACUCUUCAUCUUUAACUCAGGUAGACGGGAGGAAGUAUUCGUUUAUGUGACAAAACAGAAUGCCAAAGGCUUUGAACAAUUUUCACUUUCCCGGGACAAAUUAUUCAUCAAAGUAAAGGGCAGUACUAUCGGGGGAAAAUCUAACGAUGCGUUGUAUUCUAAAGUUAAUACGGUUGUAAAUUCCAUUAAGAAAUUUGUAACACUUGAUGUUACACCGGAGAAUGUUUUAGAGACGAGGAGUUGGGAUUGA